AUGUCAGGUAUCGAGGUCACCGGCCUCAUUCUUGCAUCUUUACCGCUGGUCGUGGGCGCGUUGGAACGCUGUAGGAAAGGAAUGUCGAUCAUGCAGGACAUGAGAAACUACGAAUUGGUCUUCCAGGAUAUCUGUUCAGAAUUCCGAGCAUCGGUGUGCAUAUACAUGCACUCAUGCCAUCGAUUACUUGGACCACUCAACCUCCCAGACACGCGGAUGAAUGAGUUGUUAGAACAACGCAGUAGCGAGGCAUGGUCGGCUCCGACGCUUAAGAGCGCGAUUGAGCGCCGGCUCGGUCCAGAUCAUUACAGCGCAUACCUCGCAAUGACGAAUAAACUCCACCGGAGGAUUGCGAAGCUCUGCGAGAAACUGAAGUUGAAUAGCCAGUUGAAGCCAUUCUGGGUCGGAGAUAGCGAUCUAGUCGACGAAGAAGCCCGCCGGAAGUUCUUCGGUUUCCUAAACAAGGUCAAAUUCGGAUUCGGCACGCGGAGGUGUAAAAGAUUGCUUCGCGCCAUCGAUCGAGAUAUCAAGAAGAUUUCCGAGCUAACAACCGGAGCCUUCCAAUUGGAGCCACUCCGAACCAAAAAGAAAAUCCAGACUCAGUCUGUCUAUUGGCAGAACGUCAGAGAGCAAGCUCAACGUCUCUUCGAUAGUCUCAGCUUGCGUUUGCACCCUUGCUCUUGCAAUCAACCGCACCAGGCGAACUUACAGUUGGACUUCCACCGGGGCGAAUAUGAGCUCGAAGGUACUAGGUUCACGUUUCUCCUGACGUUUGAGAGGUCUGCGGGCAUCCCGCAAGCACUACCAUGGAACUGGAAGGAUGUCGAAAUCGAAUCUGCGUGUCUCCCAACGCAAGUAGACGAACCCACUCCUCCAGCAAGAGAGCUUAAGAGGAAAAGGGGGACCUUCGGACCUUCCAUUACCAUAGUACCGCCGUCACCGAGACAAGCCCCACGCUCGUCGCCCGCCGCCCUAGCGAAUAAGAUAGAUAAUCUCUGCAAGGUAAUAAUGAACGGUCCGGCAUGGGAAUGUUGCCUAGGCGUGUUGGAGGACCGAUCAUGGCAGCAUCGUAUCUAUUCGGUGACAGGACCUGGAAGCAGCAACCGAAUUUCCGAGGUAAUCUCUUUGAAGGAGGUCAUCAGUGGCGGUCGAUCCAUAUCCACGCGACAGAAGUGCACCCUCGCUCUUGCGCUCGCAUCGUCCGUCCUGCAGCUCUACGAUACCGCCUGGCUACCCAAACAUUGGGAUACCAAGAAUAUCUUCGUCUUGAAAGACCAUUCCGGCGACUUCUUGCCUUCCGCAUAUGUCUCCCGAACAUUCGCCUCUUCAGUAGCUUUGCAAGCAGACCCUCGCCCACAAUGCUGCGUCAAGAACGAGAACGUGUUCGCCCUCGGCAUCGCACUACUUGAAGUCGCAUACAAAGCUCCUCUCCAGUCCUUAAAACGGCCCGAAGACCUAAACGAAUUUGGAGCGGAGGACCUUAUGACGAAAUACAGACUUGCUGUUCGCCUGGCUGACAACGUGCAUACUGUAGAAAGCCAUAACUACGCGAUAGCUGUCUCACGCUGCAUUCGCUUCAAGUUCGAUGCAGUCAGCUGCGACUUCUCCGAUAAGGAGUUCCAGGAGCAAUUUUUCGAGGGGGUGGUGGUUCCGUUGCGGGCGGAUUGGGAGUUCGCAGCUGGCAAGUUUUGACGUUGUUGGUCGAGCUCGCAAAGUGUGCAUUAGCCCAAGUAAAAGAGA